AGUAUUUAAGCUACUACAGUUAAUUUUAUUUUUACUUAUCAACUUAAAUUGUAUGAAUAAUUGAUGAUUAAGAAUGAUGUUUGAUAGACAUUAAAUUGAGUCAAUUAGACAUUUGACUAGAGAAGCUUACCAUAGGACUAAAGAAGCUUUUAUAGUUUUCAAGUGAGCUUUGCAUCAAGUUUUGUGGAUUAGUCAUUAAUUAUGCAAGUUUUGUGGAUUAGUCAUUAAUUAUAUUUUUAUCCAUAUUAUUAGGAGGAAGUUAAAAUUUAUAUAUUUGAUUUAUAAUUAGGCUAAAUAUUUUCAAAAGUUUAAAAAAUACGGUAAACAUAAGUGCUCAUGAAGUUUGAAAAAUAAAGCACUAGUGACGGUUGUUGUGUUGGUUUGGUAAAUGUUCAAACUUACUUCAUGCCAUGAAAGAGUACAAAUCAAUUGUCGAUUUAAGCUUUUGAAUAAAUAUAAAAUAAACUAUGUGCAUUUUCAGGUAAAAGAUUCACUAAAAACAAAUUUCAUUAUAAUGAAACUUGAAAGUGUAAAUAUUUUGGAAAUUUGUAUAUUUUUUAGAUUUCCCAUUUAAAAAUUGAUGUUUAUGAUGGAAGAGAGCGUGUAGUUUAGGCGUUGUUCAAAACUGAAGAUAGAAAUUCCAAGGGCGCGGGAAAGCUAAUGUGACAAAAGUCUUCCUACUUUCCACCGAUCCGAAACGCCUUCGCCUUCCACAAACAAAACGCCAUUAUCGGCCGAACCACAAUAGUUUCCGUUACAGAAUUAGGGUUUCAUAGCUCAGAAGUCGGAUAGGGCUUGAAGGAGCAAACACAUCAAGCCGAUUUCUCUUCGUUGUCUUCACAUUUUGAGUCGUCAAUGCCGGACUCCGACAUUCUGCAUGUUCAUUACGAAGUCGAAGAUGUUGACGACGGGGGAGGAGAAGAAGAACAAGAACAAGAAGAAGAAGAAGAAGAAGAGGAGACUGACGACAGUGAGGAAACAGUAGAAGGGCACGCGGAAGAAGAAGUUGAUUAUGUUCCUGAGGUGUUGCAAUCGCCUAGGGCUUCACAAACGGGUACUCCUGGAUCUGCUCAAGCUAGGGUUUCGUUUUGGGUCGAGGAAGAGGUAGACAAGCGGAGAAGGACCGAGGGAGGUGAAGCGAGUUCUUCGCAGAAUGAAUGGAAUCGGAGUGAAAAUGAUGACAUGAUUUGCUCUAUUUGCAUGGAUGCGUGGACCAAUUACGGUGAACAUCAUAUUUGUUGUCUUCCUUGUGGGCACUUGUAUGGCAUGUCUUGUAUCAAUAGAUGGUUGCAACAACGUAAAAAUGCAGGGAAGUGUCCACAGUGUAAUAGAAAGUGUUCCACGAAGGAUGUCAGGAAAAUUUUUGCACCACGAAUUGUUGCUGCUGAUGGAGAAUCUCAAAAGAGAAUCAAGUCACUUGAAGCUACUUGUGCCUCUCUUGAGAAGAAGGAGGCAAAUUGGUGUAAGAAAGAAGUUGAAUGGAAAAAGAGAGAAACAGAUAUGCAAUCUAAACUUCGAGAACUUUCUGAGAGGACAAAUUAUUUGGAGCAUUUAUUAGAAGAUUCACAGAGAAAACCUGUGCUAGCCAAUCUUGAUUGCACCUUUCAGGGGAAAUCUGUAUCUGAGCAUAACUUUGGCUUAAGGUUUAGCGGCCAGGUUUCUUCUUGCAGUUUCAUAUUAAAGAAAGAGCUUCUGGUGGAUGGUGCACGAUUGAUCGAUGUAGAUGCCUCUAACCAAAUUGUUUUGGUUGCAAGAAGGGGUUUUGGUGGGACACAUGUACUUACUAAGAUAAGCUUAAUGUCUCCAUAUGAAAGGGAAGAUAUAGGAAUUCCCUUUUGUACUAAUGCUGUAAGGGACUUGCAUAUUUCUCCGGCUGCUAGAAACCUUGUGCUUUUUUCUUCAUUAGGGAAGAAAUUAGCUAUACUCAGUAUGGAAAGCAACCAUAUCAUCCUUGACUAUGAUUUACCGGAUGCUGCUUGGUCGUGUUCAUGGGAUCAGAAUAGUUCACACCAUGUUUAUGCUGGAUUGAAGAAUGGAUUGCUGGUGAUGUUUGAUAUGCGACAAACUGUGGGUCCCCUGAAAAUCUUGCAAGGGUUGACAAACAAUCCAAUCCAUACAAUACAUUCUCUUUCAAGUCACUCAACUGUUUCUAAUGAUAAAUCUGUUUUAUCUGCUUCUGCAUAUGGCAUAUGUCAAUGGAACUUUGAUGCAUUAGAAGAAGGGCCGUUUUUGAUUCCAGAAACAAAUCAAGGAGUUUGUACGUCUCUUGCCUAUUGCUCAAGUAGAGACGAACUUGUUGCUUCGUACCGUCCCAAAGUUGGAAUGUCCAAUGAGAUAGUUUAUUCUCAGCCUUCACCUUCCCCUUCUCAUACUGCUGGACAUAGAGUUGAUGGCUGCCACGUGGCAUUUAAGAAAGAAGACCAUCACCAAUUUUCAAAGUUGGGUUCAGCACAUGCCAAUAUAGACGCGAUACGCUUGCCGAAGUCUACCAUCAUAGAUCUCCCAGACUGCAAUAGCUUGUUUGUAUCCGCAGAUGCAAUAAUGGGUGACUUGAUCUUGCAAGAACUGCCUUCUUUUAGGUCUGUUCAGCAUCUUAAAGUGCAUAAGCAUCCUGUUCGUGAUGUGAAGUAUUCGUAUGGCUUCGAUGGAGGAUUGCUUGGUUGUUUAAGUGAUGAUAUCCUUCAACUUUUCUGCACGAAAGGCUCAUGAACAAGUAGAUGUGAAGGUGGGAGAACAUCACUUCUGGUCUAAUGUUUUGUCAUUGUUUCAAUUUCACCGUGGUAGGAAAUUCAUACCUUUGCUCUAUAGAGAGAUAGGUUAUGUAUUUUUUUGUUUUGAAUAAAGCACUAGUGGUUGGGAUCGGUAGGUGCACUCGGGAAAGAUAAGUUAUGUAUUAAUCAAUUAGGAUAGGUCUUCAUUUUGCUUGCUUUUGAGUUAUCCAUUUCAUUUGAUUUCUCGUCAUAAGAAACACGACAGUGGCUUUGUUCUUAGGCUACGACUAACUCACAACUGUUUCAAAAUACCGAAACAUUAAUGUUCAUUUUGUUAUUCAAUGCAGGUUUUAUUUAUUUAGUUGGCACAAGCUGCAAAUAUAAGAGAUAGGCAUAGGCUCGCAUACUCAGAUAAAUACGAGGCAUUUUGAAAGACCUCGAUUUAUCUUCGGAUUGGUCUAACCUUGAUUGUAGUAUUGACUACAUACAUUUAAAUGGGUCGCUGUUUUAAGGAAAAUAUUGAUAUACAAUACAAUUAUUUAUAAUGUAUGUAUUUAUAAUUUACAUUUUAGACA